AUGCAAAAGUAUGCUCAGCGCCACCUUGUCCGUCAUACAAUAAUUGUCCCCUUCGGGGUGACAUACGAAAAAAUUGGAACGAUACAGAGAAGAUUAGCAUGGCCCCUGCACAAGGAUGACACGCUUUCCCGGAGUGGUAGACCUACGGGUCUCAAUAUUUAUUUUCUUUCUUUUUCCUUUCUUUUACGUUCAUGUCUUAACCGCUUACAGGCUCUUCCAUCUUAUCUUUCUUCAGGGACUCGGAAGCUGUCUACAACAAAUGCGUUAUGA